AUGGCUGAUGAAAUCGCUCCAGAUGUGUUGUCCGUAAAGGGCAAGAAGGUCCUUCACAUCGACCGAAAUGAUCACUAUGGCGGAGAGGCUGCGUCCGUAAACAUUGAAGCUCUCUUCAAGAAAUAUGGCAACUUCAAAGAGGGGGAAGAACCGUGGAAGAAAUAUGGUCGAGUCAAUGACUGGAACGUUGAUCUCGUCCCCAAGCUUCUGAUGGCCAACGGAGAGCUCACGAAUAUCCUCGUUUCAACCGAUGUCACACGAUAUCUUGAAUUCAAGCAGAUUGCAGGCAGUUUCGUACAGCAAGGCUCUGGUCCCCGGGCUACAGUUGCCAAAGUCCCUUCAACCGCAACCGAAGCCCUUAGUUCACCUUUGAUGGGGUUGUUCGAAAAGAGGCGUGCGAAGAAAUUCCUGGAAUUUGUGGGCGCUUUUGAGGAGAACGAUCCUGCUACACACAAUGGACUCAACCUGAACAAAGUCACCAUGAAGGAAGUCUAUGACAAAUUCGGUCUCGAGGCGACAACUAGAGACUUCAUUGGACAUUCAAUGGCUCUCUAUUCCACUGAUGAAUAUAUCAACAACCCUGGCCAAGCCAAGGAGACAGUUGAAAGGAUUCGUCUCUAUGCAAACUCAAUGGCACGCUACGGGAAAUCUCCAUAUAUCUACCCAUUGUAUGGUCUAGGUGAGCUCCCGCAAGGUUUUGCUCGCCUUUCCGCCAUAUACGGUGGUACCUACAUGCUCAACACUUCCGUUGAUGAGUUUUUGUACGACGGAAGCAAGAUCAGCGGGAUCAAGGCUACAAUGAAGGAGAGGGGCGAAGAAGGUGACGGCUUGAAAUUCACUACCAAGACCAAGAUGAUACUUGGAGAUCCAUCUUACUUCCCCGGAAAGGUGCAAGUGGUGGGACAUUUGCUGAAAGCGAUCUGCAUCCUGAAUCAUCCAAUCGACAAGGCUCCCGACGCAGAUUCUCUUCAACUUAUUAUCCCUCAAUCUCAAGUCGGCCGCAAGAAUGACAUUUAUAUCGCGGUGGUUUCAUCAGCACACAAUGUCUGCCCCAAAGGCUACUACAUCGCCAUUGUAUCGACAAUUGCAGAGUCAUCCGCCAACCAUCAUUUGGAACUUCAGCCUGGUAUCGAACGUCUCGGUCGCAUCGAAGAGAAAUUCCAAGGUCCCCCAAUCCCACUCUACCAACCCCUUGAGAGUGGAAUGAACGAUCAGAUAUUCAUCUCUAACAGUUUUGACGCUUCAAGUCACUUUGAGACAGUCACGGAAAAUGUCAGAGACAUCUACCGACGAGCUAUGGGAGAAGAACUCAAAGUCGAGGGCCUCAGGGAAGGACAAACCCUGGCAGAGGAAUAA